AUGAAUAAUCCAAAUAAAAUUAUUGAUAAAGAAGGUAAAGAGAAGAAUGCGAUACCAACAGCUUCAACACGUGGAAAACGUGCAAACUUGGUGCGCCCGAGGACGCCAGUCCGGGCGCCGAUUGUGGAAAGUGAUACAGUGGACUCAGAUGGCUCAUAUAUGUCUCUGGCAUCGACUGCAUCUGAUGUAGCUCGCACGCGUAAGAGGGGUAGACCUCCUACAAAAGCGAAUAUAUUGCCUAAGCCGAAACGGCAAACCGUUACAGAAAAGCAAUCGGCCGAAGAGAUGACCACGGAAACAGACACGGAGGGAGAAAAUCCUUCUGUUGCGUCUGUCUCAGGAAUUAUAAAGAGGACACUUCCUAACUUGGACGAGUUGAGUCAAAUUGUGCAGUCGCAACCUAGCGAUCAAUUGGGCGACUGCAUAAAAGAACAUCUAGAGACUUUAGAAAAGGCGAUGGAAAAAACCCGUAGUCUUAAAUGCGAAAAUGGCCAUGAGCUUAAAAAAGCCAUGCAUUGGCUUAAGGCCACAACUGAAGAACUAACCCGGCGGUCUACUUUAGAUAUUAAAAGACUAGAGAACGAGAUUGUGGUAUUGCGCUCACAACUGUCUAACCUCACUACAGAGAUUUGUAAACUUGGAGGGCAGGUGUCUAUGACAUCGGUUAGAAGUGUAUCUGGGCAGAGCAACGAGGGUGCACGUCCCGCCCCCUAUCCUUUAAGUUUAAAAAAAAGUAACGCCGAAGAAAGGCUCAUGGCCCAAGUAAAAACGUUAGUAAAAAGCCAAUUUGCGGCCCUUAAGGCAGAAAUAUUUCCCGAUAGGUUCCCAAGUCCUUCACUGGGAAAAGAGACAACUGCUACGAUGCAACAAUCUCAAGCUCAGGCAAUGCAGGUCGAAAAAAAUGGUAGAAAAAAGAAAAAUGCUAGGAAGGCCGGACCUAUUCAUCCGCCAGUAGAAGACUUGCCACCAGUUGCGCGCUCAGAGCCACUAACAACAACACCGCUAGAGCAAACAUGGGAGACCGUCGGUAAAUCGAAGCCCAAAAAGCCCACUUCCAAAAAGAAAAAAAAAGGAAAGGCGACCAAAAAGGAGACUGCGGCUGUUACAAUCACUGUAGUAGAUGGCUCCCCCACAAGUUAUGCUACAAUUACAGAGCAAGCCAAAGCCAAGAUAAGUCUGUCGGACCUUGGCAUAGAAGACGCUCGCUUCAAGAGAACGCUCACCGGGGGGCUCCUUGUAGCAGUUCAGGGCCCAGAAUGUGGCGCCAAAGCUGAAAGGCUAGCAGUACGGAUGCGUGAGGUUCUUUCUGACCAAAACGUACGGGUGAAUCGUCCAACUAAAACGGGAGAAAUUCGGUUGAAGGACCUCGACGAUGCCGUUACUCUAAAAGAAGUGGCUAUAGCUGUUGCUAAUGCUGGCGGAUGUCUCAUUGAAGAUAUUAAAACGGGUGAAAUUCGUAGAACAAACACAUCUAUGGGGACCUGCUGGGUGAGAUGCCCGCUUACGGCAGUGCAAAGGAUAGCAGCUGGUAAACGUAUCCACAUAGGAUGGGGGACUGUAAGGGUAGACAUUUUGGAAGCCAGACCUUUGCAUUGCUAUCGAUGUCUCGAAAAGGGUCAUGUGGGCGUUAAAUGUCCUAACAAUGUGGAUAGAAGUAAACGUUGCUAUGCCUGCAGCGAACUUGGACAUAAAGCCAACCAGUGUACUGCAGAGGCUUUAAAGUGUCCACUUUGUGUGGAUUUUGAAUGCCCAUCAGACCAUCGGUUUGGGAAGAAAUGUGGUUUAGCAGCAAAAACGAGCGGGAGUAAGAAGCAGGCUCCUUCCGCUCAGAGCCAAACAAUCACUGAGGAGACUAUGGACACGGCACAUUCCCAGCCUUAA